AUGUCCAACUACAGAAUGAAAAGUCUCUUGAAGGGUCUUAGGUACAUUUCUCAUAUAUUUGAAAACGAGAAAGAGCCAGAGAUGCAAAUUGGAACUCCAACAGAUGUAAAGCAUGUUGCACACAUUGGUUGGUAUGGAGGAUCUGUCAAUCAAAACUCACCUAGCUGGAUGAAUGAUUUUAAAGCAUCGGGUGGUGGAUAUGCAUCUACGCCUCUAGGAAAUUAUAUCGUAGAGGAUGCCUCGGAAGAUUCAACUCGAUCACGUGACAUACCAAGACAUCCAAGAUCGUCGAGAGACCGUUCGAACAAUGUGGAUUCACCAAUAAAAGGACGAUCACGACGUGGAACCUUAAACUCUAGUGGGAAUCUAAAAACUUCACGGAGAUCAAAAGAAACUUGUGAUUAUCCUCAAGACGGUUCUAGAAAAUCUCGUAGAAGAAAAACUAGAGAUUGUGCGAAUGAUGGAUCGUCACGAUCGUCGCGUAGAACAUGCGGAUCACAGACAGAAUCUAUACUGUAUGUUACAGAAUCAAUCUCUAGUAAUGUUUAAGACGCAAGAUAUAAGUGUGGUCUUAUAAAACUAUCAUGUAUCUUCUUUUUUUUUUAUCAA